AUGGUGAAAGUGACUAUGAUUGCUCGUGUUACUGAUGGCCUUCCCCUAGCAGAGGGGUUGGAUGAUGGCCGUGAUGUCCCAGAUUCCGAUUUUUACAAGCAGCAAGUGAAGUCUUUGUUCAAGAACCUCUCAAGGGGUCAGAACGAGCCUUCAAGAAUGUCGAUUGAAACAGGGCCAUACAUAUUCCAUUAUAUUAUCGAAGGGCGCGUGUGCUACUUGACAAUGUGCGAUCGUGCUUAUCCGAAGAAGCUCGCCUUUCAAUAUUUGGAAGACCUAAAGAAUGAAUUCGAACGUGCAUAUGGAAAUCAGAUUGAAACUGCUGCAAGACCUUAUGCUUUUAUCAAAUUUGAUACAUUUAUACAGAGGACAAAAAAAUUGUACCAGGACACAAGGACUCAACGGAAUAUUUCAAAGCUGAACGAUGAACUAUAUGAAGUUCACCAGAUAAUGACUCGCAAUGUACAAGAAGUUCUCGGCGUUGGUGAAAAGUUGGACCAGGUCUCCCAGAUGUCCAGUCGCUUGACAUCUGAAUCUCGCAUAUAUGCAGAUAAGGCAAAAGAUUUGAAUCGGCAGGCUUUGAUUCGGAAAUGGGCCCCAGUAGCUGUUGUGCUAGGAGUUGUUUUCCUCCUCUUCUGGGUGAAAAACAAAUUGUGGUGA